CACACACACACACACACACACACGCACGCACGCACGCACGCGCGCGCACACACACACACACACACACACACACACACACACACACACACACACACACACACACACACACACACACACACACACACACACACACACACACACACACACACACAGUGCGGCUGAUAUAGGGGCCAACGGAAGAGGUACAUGACACAUGUGAGUUUCAGUGAAAUGUUGGGCUAUUUUCAAUGAAACAUCCCGUCCUCUGCCAGAAGCCUAUCGCUGCAGACUUCCCUGCUGUCGCUGGAAUGUUGGCAUGAAGUAUUCCGUCCUGACAGACAGCUGCUUUGCUCUGGCGUAUCCAGCAUGCCAGUUUAUAGCAUUCAUCAAAACAUGGCAAAUAUGUUAAGACCCUGAAUGAAAGCAAUUAACACAAUUUUAGGGUUAGGUGGGGGAUCUGAAGCAAGUGGGGAAAAUACACCCGACAAGUCAAAGAGAGAACACAUACACACGCACACAUCACCGCAAUGACAUAAAACACGCAACGUGGUGGGGAUAAGGAGUGGUGGAGGAGGUGAGACAGUCUGUGCGCCACAGACCGAUACGAGUGAUGCAUAACUGGAGACGUAUUCAAGUCAGUCAAGUCGCUCUCAGAUUUGAACAGAUUGUUUUCUUUUGCAUCAGUCUAAGCAACAACGCCCAUUCCAUAUGACUCAUAUUAUUGUUUCAAGAUUUGAACGAUACCGGUGAUUGAUGGUGGUGGUGCACAAUAGGCGUGCAAGUGUUCGGAUUCUCAAUAGUAAUGUUUUGGUUCACUCCACCAUAUCCGUAUUCUUUCCCAGUUCAGUUCAGGUCAAUUCCUAAUUUGAUAUCAAGCCAGCGGUAUUUUUUAGAACUAUAGGUGUACCUCUCAGUGUAGAUGUCAUGUUUAUUUUCUCCACGUCCAGCCCCGCCCUAUAGACGCACCGAUCGCACGCUGCAGUUGCGUAAUUUGACAAGCCAGCGCAAAAUAGAGGGAAUGAACGUUUGACAGCCGCCGCCUGUCGCGUGUUGUGUAGCCCCAAUAAUUGUGUUUUUUUCCCAAUUGAAUUGACAUAUGUGGAAUUGUAUUCCCCCGAUGAUUUGGGAUAGCCGGUGAUCGACACACUGCUCGCUUGCAUGGCCACCGUGUUGAGGAACCAUGUUUGGGUUGCUCCGGGGCAGGAUCAGACUGUCCACAGUCAGACCGAGCCACAGCCACUAGCUGCUGGCCGUCUGAGAGCUGCUGAGGAGCCCGGACAAGUGCUCUUAAACACGAGGGAUGCCACCACGGGAACUUACUUCUACGAAUACAAUGGGGCUCCGUCAGAGAUGGACGGCUACCUGUUCCCCUGCCCCCAGCCGGGGUCAGACUCUAAGAGGCUGUGCCGGGACGGAGCUCUCCCUCCGGAGCCCUCCUUCACCGAGGACCUGGGCUCCCCCUACAGCGUCAACAUGAGCCUGCUGCUCCCCGACGUCUCCUACCUGCACCCCGGCCUCUGCCGCCCCUUGGCCAGACCCAUCAAGGCGGAACCCUUGUCCCACUCCCUCGUCCCGCCCAGUUGCCAGGACAACAACCGAGCGGGGAACCACCAUAUUCCCGGCCCCGGCCCGGAGUACCUGGGCGCAUUCGGUGGGGCCGACACCGGUGCUGGCUUCUUCAUCAAACAGGAAAUGACAUCAGGGGACUACCAGGACGUCCCCCUGUUCCAGAUGUUGAACUCUGAUCUGGAGCAGCUGGUCCACGGAGCACAGGCGAACUCAGAGCUGUGCGGCAGCAGCGGCGGCGGCCCCAUGUCCCAUUUGAGUCUUCCCCCAGUCGGGGGCGCGCGUCCGGGGCCGGUCCAGGCUUCUGUUAAAGUCACCAGUGUGACGCCGAUCAGCGGGCACGGCUUCUCCCAGCACCGCAACCCGCCGCAGAGGCCUUCCUACCUGCCGCCCUCUCCGCCCAGUUCGGAGCCGGCUAGCCCGGACAGAGGGAAGGUCGUCCUCCAGAACCUUUCCCCGCCGCCUUCGUACGAGGCCACCAUCGCAUCCAAACUGCCUUUCCAGAACACCAACAUGGCGCUGGGUCCAGUCGCCAGACUCAAUCUGUCGGAGUUAGGCCCGAGCUCGUGUCUCACUAGCGUUCAGAGUGCGACUUCGGUGGUCCAGGCGCCAUCGGCGGCCGGACCUUUGUCCCCGGUCUUGCCCCAGUCUUCCCCGGUCAAGAUUACACGGCGGAAUAACCCCGACCUGGAGAGACGAAGGAUCCACCACUGUGAUGUCCCAGGGUGCAAGAAAGUGUACACAAAAUCUUCCCAUUUAAAGGCACACCUGCGAACCCACACAGGCGAGAAGCCGUACGAAUGCUCCUGGGAGGGAUGUGAGUGGCGUUUCGCUCGCUCCGACGAGCUGACUCGCCAUUUCAGGAAGCACACCGGGGCUAAGCCCUUCCAGUGCGCAGUGUGCAACCGCUGUUUCUCCCGCUCCGACCACCUGGCGCUGCAUAUGAAGAGGCACCAGGCCUGACGCUCCAGCUCAUGAUCCCUGAUCAGACCUGCUCGUUUUUUUUUUACUCUUUCUGGGGUUGUUUCUGUUUGAGUUAGAUCCGAAUUCUUAGAAGCGGAAAUCAGACGAUUGUAGAACUUACUGGUCUUUUUCUUUGAGUUUUUUUUAUGUUCCUUUUAGGAAAACAAUCAAACAGGUGUAGCUGUGCUAUGUUUGGAUUUUUAUGUUUUAGAUUUGGAUUUUUUUUCCCUCCUAUGGUGCGGGAAAUGUUUCAGGAAACCAUGCCAAGCAUCAAUUGCUUUUAAAAAAGAAAACACCAAUGAAAAGAAAAAAAAAAUGUAUUAGCUGUUGUUGGUGUUACCAAUAAAAUAGUCCAAUUAUGUAUUUAUUUGUAUUAUGCUUGUUCCAAAGUUCAAAAGUGCAAAGAUUUUCAUUCUUCGCCAGUUAAAUGUUCACAUGAAUCAUAUACAAAUUAUUGUUUUCCUAUCAGAUUGGCUGCUUAUCGUGUUAGGUUGAAUGUUCUCCUUUGGUGGUAGAGACAUUGCCUCACAGACACUGGUCAUACCAGUUUAACUUCUGGCAAUUAAUCCUACGGCAUAUCAUGCGAUGGGUGUGGUUCCAUCAUAAUGAAUUCAGUAUUCCGUUUCGAAAGACAAGAUUUUUUUUUUUUUCCAUUUCCUUAUUCAUUUGAUGAGCAGUCUAGCAACAAUUCAUAGCACAAGGCUCAGAGGAGAUAUUCAAAGUUAAUGUUCAGUUGUCAAACAUACACUGGAAAGAAGUUCGCCAUACCUGGAUUAACAUUGGUUGUGAGGCUUGCUUUGUAAUGAAAAAGAUUGUUCCGCAUUUAUUCAAAUCAGUGUUCACCUGUGGAAAUGACACAUUAUUUUAGUGCAAAGGGUUUGACUUGGCCACAGCUUCAAAGAGCUGUUUGGAUCAAACACUGUUUCUUUUAUGAUUAUUAUCUUCAAAAUGAGCACAUUUUCCUUUCUGUUCUGUGGGUCUUUCCAUGGCGUUGGGUUUAAAUCAUACUGAAAAGUAUAUUAUCAAUUCAUACCUACAUAUAAUUAAAGUGCCUUUUUUAUUUGAAAAAGUAAAGGUUGUCAAUGUAAAUAUGCCAAUGCCGAAUGAAAGAGCUUCCUAUUUUUAUUUUUUUUAUAGUAGCUAUGUUUGGGAGUUAGAUCAGAAAAUAAAAAAUAUACAUUUGUUGACCUUGCUGAUAUAUACAGAGCCAAUGAUAUCUAAGAUAGAGGAAUUAUAUUACAAUUUAUUUCAAUUAGUGACCAAAUGUUUUCGAAGACUCAGUAAUUUCAGUUUUCUAUAAAAAAUUUAAAUGUGUAUAAAAGUUAUGAAGCUCUUUGCAUAGCAUCGACUCCACUGCUUUGGUUUUUUAUUUAGAUUGAGCUUAACAACGGCUUUUUAUAGAGGCAGCAGUGGUGAAAUAUGACCACAUAAUGGUUACACUAUUGGUACAUUGGUCUUGAUCUGUUGCACUGCCAUUAGUCAGAAUAUUGCCAAUAUCCUCAUUUUAUUUUAUUUACCCAAUCCUCAAUGUUGCCUGAUAACACAACUCUGUAAUUAGUGUUACACAAUGUGGUGCCAUGGAUAAGGAAUAUAAACCUUUAUCCCACAUUAAUACCAGCUAAUAACAAUACAUUUAAAUAAAGUCUUGUGUCAAGGGUGA